AUGCCUUGCGGAUCCGGCUGUUGCAAGCCAUCCGUUCCGCCCGACACGUCUGUCGUCCUUCCGUCCGAGACUGUCGUGGUGGGAUCUUCUAGCACUGAUGACCAGCUUGACCCGGAGCAAGACACGCAUGGGUGCUGCGGAAACCCGCCUAACAGUAACAGGGGAAAGAGCAUCAGUAAGUGUGGGGCAGUGGAAGCUCCUAUCAUUAAUGAUGACUGUGCUCUGAAGCAAGAUAAAGCAGACUGUAACGAAGGCUGCUGUGGCGGACCCGGAGAGUCAGACACUCCCAAAUCAUGCCCGAUCGGGGAGAAGGCCGUCGCGAAAGAUCCAUCAUCUGUGGACAAUUGCUCGGGUUCAAAAUCGACCAAGCCUGGCUGUAAGAAGGCCUGUUGUUCUGCUCCAGAGCUGUAUCCGCGGGGAUCUAGUGACUUCCAAAGACCUGUUUGCUGUGAAGGGAAAGAUUCACCUUGCUGUAAUACCGACUGUCUCGACCGUCUCGCUCUUCGUGAAUGUGAAGGUGGAAAGAAGCACGCUGGAUUGAAAAGGCCAGGCUCCAGAGACUCCAUUGGGUCCUGUAGCAACAACACUCGUGACUUCUGCGAAGGAAGCAAGAGCGGCAAGGCAUGCGGCUACCAUUCCCGCAAAACCCGAACAACGUACGCAACCACUUUGGAUGCUCUCGGUUGUAUAUGUCGUGCCUUGUUAGCCCUUGGAAAAGAGUCUUGCUGUCUGCGUCCAGAACGACCCAGCGCUGACAGUUGCUGCGCCACAGCUACAAGUUCUGGCCUGAAAGCAGCGGAUCCAUGCUGCGUUGACGAGAUAGUGCAGAAGCCAAAAGAGACCUUGACUGAAAACAAUUCUGUCCCUGUUGAUCCUGAAAAGGGCCUUUCGGGUCAGGAACAUGUCAUUCUCAGUAUUUCUGGCAUGACCUGUACCGGAUGCGAAACAAAACUCAAACGAACUCUCGGUACGGUUCACUCGGUGAAGAACCUUAAAACAAGCUUGGUCCUGGCUCGCGCUGAAUUUGACCUUGACCUUCGUCUUGGAUCUCUUUCGGAGGUUAUGAAGCACCUGGAAAAGACAACUGAGUUCAAGUGUGAGAAACUAAGCACCCAAGGUUCUACCAUCGACCUAGUCGCUCCUCUUGGCUCACAUGAGUUCAUGAACCGCCCAUGGCCCGAUGGUGUCACUGAAAUACGACAAGUCGACAAAAGUAUUGUCAGUGUCGCCUUUGAUCCAAAGAUUAUCGGUGCCAGAGACCUCGUCGAGAAGGGUUGGGACCUUCCCCUGGAACUGGCCCCUCUCCGUGGCGAUCUAACUCUCGAAGCCGGCAGUAGGCAUGUCCGACAUGUUGGAUUGAUGACAUUACUGUCUAUUAUCUUGACGAUUCCAGUCCUUGUCAUGGCUUGGGCUCCGCUCCCCAAGCGGGAGGUUGCGUAUAGCUCAGCAUCUUUGUGUCUAGCCACGAUUGUUCAGCUCGCUAUCGCUGGGCCGUUCUACCCCAAGGCCUUAAAGAGUUUGAUCUUCUCUAGAAUGGUUGAGAUGGACCUCUUGAUAGUGUUGAGUACAAGUGCGGCCUACGUAUUUUCCGUCGUCUCUUUUGGUUACUUGGUUGCUGGUCGUCCUCUCUCAACUGAUCAAUUCUUCGAAACAAGCACGUUGCUGGUAACGUUGAUCAUGGUUGGUCGGUAUGUCGGUGCCUUGGCUCGGCAGAAGGCCGUUGAAUCCAUAUCAGUUCGCUCCUUACAGGAGUCUACUGCAGUACUAGUUGGCGAGUCCGAGGAUGUUAUCGACAUCAGACUCCUACAGUACGGAGACAUCUUCAAAGCUGCGCCUGACGCUAGAAUACCGACAGACGGUACAGUCAUUUCUGGGUCUUCGGAUGUUGACGAGUCCAUGAUCACUGGCGAGUCCAGCCCUGUUCCAAAAUACGUUCGUUCGUCGGUAAUUGCCGGGUCUAUAAAUGGUUCCGGGAUGCUUCACGUUCGGCUAACUCGUCUUGCUGGGGAUAACACCGUGAGCACCAUCGCUGAUAUGGUUGAUGAAGCCAAGCUUUCCAAACCGAAGAUCCAAGAUAUCGCCGACCGUGUUGCCAGUUAUUUUGUUCCAGUUGUUGUCACUCUAACAAUUAUCACUUUUGUCAUCUGGGUGGCCAUUGGCGUGGGGGUCCGGAAUCAAACCGGCGCUGAAGCAACGGUUCAGGCCAUCACAUACGCUAUUACCGUUCUCAUUGUCUCUUGUCCUUGUGCUAUCGGCCUCGCAGUUCCAAUGGUUAUCGUCAUCGCGAGCGGUGUUGCUGCCGAGCGAGGUGUUGUAUUCAAGUCCGCGGACAGUAUUGAGGUCGCCUACAAAACCUCACAUGUCGUUUUCGACAAGACGGGCACAUUGACCGAGGGAAAGCUAUCUAUCAACCAAGAAAUCUAUACUGACAAUGAUUCGUCGUCCGCCAGAUCCUUACUUCUCGGACUCGUGACCGGCAUCAAGCAUCCCGUGUCCAUGGCUGUGGCUACUCACCUGAAAGAACAGGCCGUGGUUUCAUCCGUAAUAGCAGAUCAGAAGGCACUUACGGGCAAAGGCGUCGAAGGCACAUCAUCUGGCCUGAUCCUUCGAGCAGGGAACUCCCACUGGCUAGACCUGGCGUCCGAUCAUCGAGUCCAAGCAGUCCUAUCACAAGGGUAUACCGCCUUCUGCUUUACCAUUAACGACACCCUCGCUGCCAUCUUUGCUCUCGAAGACCCCCUCCGGCCUGAAUCUACCUCGACCGUCACAACCCUCCUCGAACGCGGGAUAUCAGUCCACAUCGUCUCCGGUGACGACGAGGGUGCCGUCCGCUCCAUCGCCAAGGCCUUACAAAUCCCGUCCACAAACGUCCGCUCCCGCUCUACCCCAGCUGACAAACGCGCAUACAUCGAAGACCUUCUCUCCUCGGCCCCCACCAACCGUAACCAGAAAACCACCCGGCCAGUCGUUAUCUUCUGCGGCGAUGGAACCAACGACGCCGUUGCCCUCUCGGCAGCCACCAUCGGAAUCCACAUGAACGAAGGUACCGAGGUCGCCAAGUCCGCCGCGGAUGUUGUCCUGAUGCGUUCUAGCAUCGAAGGCAUCUUGACAGUCAUGGCUGUCAGCAGGAAGUCCAUCCACCGUGUCUGGUUUAACUUCGGAUGGAGCUUUGUGUACAACCUCUUCGCCAUUCUACUUGGUGCGGGCGCGUUUGUGAAUGCCAGAAUUCCGCCUGAGUUUGCGGGUUUGGGUGAGCUUGUUAGCGUUGUGCCGGUGGUUAUUGCGGCUGUUGCUUUGAGGCUUGAGAGGGUUUGA